CAGCUGCAGGCCCGGCCUACCCCAUUUGCCCAUAACCCGUUCGUUUCAUAGUCGCUUGACCACUUGGGCGAUGCGUGGCCGACCGUGCUCUUCGGAUCCUCGCCUGUCAGCAGCCAAAUACCAUUUCGAGCAACAACGGAAGAAGAGAUCGGCUCAAUGACCCCUCCGCCGGCGGUAAAAUAGUCGUCUUUUUCACCUCCCACCAAUCCUCCGACUGAGCACGAGUCGCUCCCGAGCUCAUCCAUCCGCACCUCUAGAUCAUCAGCAAGAAAGCAUGUCGUCAUCUGACAAAGGAGGCCCACUUUCCAGAUGGACGUCCAACUCCUCAACAGCGUGCGGCAGCACGAGUCAACACAGCCAGAUCGCUGCGCGGCGACAAACAUGGGCGUCAGCAACCUGGGCCACCGGUCAGAAUAUUCUCACUGGUAUGCUCUACCACCGCAAGGAUUCCAACGCGAGUGCCCAGCAGUUUGGCAAGUACCAGGGGCUCCACCAGUAUGACCACUUCAUGACGGCGAGCACACUGCCCUUGCCGCCAGCCCCGGCGACCUCGGAUGACUUGAGUGAAGCGAGACCCAGCAAUACACGGCAGCGCGUGCCGCCACUUGAUCUCCCUCCCCUUCCGAGGCUCUUGGGGCACGAGAACCUCGACGAAUGGGACGACAUCCUGGUCAGGACCCUGCGACUGCACGGUCUCGCCGACUACGUCACGCUGCCUCGGGGCGUGCCGGAGCCGCCGAACUCAUCAUCCCCGUGGGCAGCCACAAAGUACCUCGGCUCCGGCGGAAACUCGACCGGUCUUACCCACGAACAGUGGGAGCGCGACCGCGCUCUCGUGUGCUUGCUGAUCACCGGUUCCUUCAGCCUCGACGUCCGCGAUACACUCCUCGCAUGCGGCUACGACCCCUCCGAGACGAACCCGAAGGCCAUCUACGAUCUCGUCCAAGAAGCCCUCCCCAAGGCCGUCGGCGAGGACGUUGCAUCAUGGCUACGUGAGCUCAACUCCAUAUCGCCCGCGGAGCCACGCUUUGGUGGUAGCCUGAGGGAGUACUGCCUGAGAUUGAGCUACCUCCGAAGGAGACUAUACGUCGCGGAGCCCCAGCCCAACGAUAACCUGGUGCUGGUCAUGGCAAUAUUGGGUCUUGGUCGUGACAGCAAAUACGAGGACCUGAGCAUGGCUCUCGGCCAGCAGCUUGAGAGGGGCGGCAUGAGCUGGGCACGGUUUAUGGGCGACGUUGCAGGCGUACACGGUCGGCAAGUAGCUGAGCGGAGAAAGAAUAGGAGAAGGGUCCCUGAGGAACCUGCCUGAAAGCUCGGCGCGCGGAGAAAUCUGAACAACGAAGUGCGACAUUUGGGAACACUUCCGUGCCAGCAAGAAAGGCGCGUUGGUUGUGGGAGCGUCAUGGAGGAACACCGCCACUUCCGUUGCCCUCUAGAUGAAGAUGGACAGUGGGGCUCAGUUCGCGCUGGAGGACGGGGUAUAAAAGGGACGUGUUUUCAAUGUACACGAGGUGAUGUGGAGGCAGGCGGUCUGCAGCAGCGCUGAUGUCCAGUUUGCUCGGUUUUCCUCAGCCUUCUUCGCCUUGCUUUCAAAGUCAGUCCAUCCUACUUCCCCUUCUCGAUGUUCUAUCCUACGGUCUGAGGCAUACAACGGCAUGUCAUGGGUUCUUGAAAGCAAGGUAUUUCGCGCAUAUACGCAUGGUCUUGGAGUUUUGGCACAAACACGCAAGUCCUGGAGCUCCAUUUCAUUUCUUGACGUUGUGAACGGGGCGUCGCGGAUCAGCUUCUGAUUCCACCAGGCUGUCCAGGCUUGCUAUUGGGCAUAUUGAAAAGCACUCAUAGGUUCAAAUUAAGAAACGUGUAAGAUAGUGUUCAUUCAAAAAUUAUGGUCAAUUCAUCCUCGAAAAUUGCAUCA